CUCCUCAGCUCUGUAGACGCAGUGUUCGAUUCCGUCACCACUCCCGGGUUCCGUGUUCGUCUAUCACGUGAUAUCUAUCUGUCAGAACCGAGUGAGAUGGGGUGCGGGUACGAGAGCGAGGGCGAGAACUACGAGUGCACCCUCGGGCCUGAGCUCCAGAUGACGGCCCAGACAGAACUGCGGGAGGACGACAUUACGAGGAGACAAGCCCUUACACAGAUGAGACAAUGGAUAGACAUGCACCCUGAUAUACAUAACUGCCGAAAAGAUGCUCCAUUCCUGCUAAGGUUCCUGAGGACCAAGAAGUUCUAUCUGCCAUUGGCCCAAGAGAUGCUGGAAAAGUACCUGACUGUAAGAGAACUCUAUCCUCACUGGUUCCAGAAGCUAGAUGUAUUGGACCCUGCUAUCCAGGAUAUCCUUGACAGUGGGUAUUUGGUGCCGUUGCCAGAGAGAGACAGCGAGGGUCGCAAGGUGAUUUUCUCUUGUGCUGCCAAAUUUGAUCCCUACAAGUACACCUCCGCUCAGAUGGCCAGAGUUCACAGUAUUGUUGUGGAGAGUCUCAUGGAUGAUGAAGAGAAUCAAAUUACAGGGUACAGUCAUGUCAAUGACGAGUCAGGUCUGACGAUGGGUCACAUCAGCCUCUGGUCUCUCAACGACAUCAGGCACAUGCUUCCGCUGCAUUCAGAAUUCCACACCAAUGAGACACAAGUCGACACACUUCAUUAAUGUUCCCACAUAUGCUAACAAAGUAUUUGACUUCUUCACCGCUUUACUCAAUGAAAAAUUGAAGAACAGAGUGAUGGUA